AUUAGUCGACUAUUAAAAUAGUCAAAUUUAAUAAAUUUAUACUAGAUGGAGUCAGAGUAAACUAACAAACCAAAUCACUCGAUAAAUCAUUAAAUUAAGACUUUAAUUUAUAGCAGAUACAUUCAAAUUUCAAUCAUCAAAGGAGACGUUGGCGUCUUAUUCUGGCGGUAAACUAUGUCAGAGCGGCUGCAGAUGAAGGGGAUUAUGGGAAAUGGUGUUUUACAGAGGAGCUGUGGAUCCAACAAUUCUGCAUGACAACUUUUGAUGAGAUGUUGCGUUGAUGUUGCGUUUUCAUUGCAGUUUUGUGAAAUAUUUCAAUUUCAGUACGCCUCAAAAAGUAUCUCCUCCAAGCACAAAAACUUUUUUUUAAAUAAAAGUGAGUUUUUUUAUUUUUGUUUCCAUUAGGCACAUUUAUUAUUGUAUUAUAGUACUAUGGAUCUGACAUGUUUUGGUACAUUUAAGUCAAAUAACAGAUUUUAAUGACAGGAUCUUUAAAAAAAUAAACAGUUUGAGAGCAUUUUAAUGUCUUUAUGCUAAUAAAUGUAUUUAAAACACUUUUUGCUGAUUUAGUUUCUAUACAUAUUACAUUGGCGUUGACCCGUACAAAUUUAAAUACUGAUAAAAAAAAUUAAAAAAAACGAAAAUAUGCAUUCAGCUGGCUACACAAAAAUCAUUUUUCCCGCAUGCAUGCACUCCCCUGCUCCAGUUGUGGCCCGUAAAGCGGAGCUUAGCCUUUGACCGAGCCCCUGCAUGCUGGGUCCCUGCAGGGGGCCGAGGAUUACCGUCUGUCUGGUGGAGAUUAGACCACAAAGUUUUACCUGAGGAAGGCUCUGGAGUCUGCAGGACACAGCUAAGUGUGGGAGAUAACUGUGUUGCUAACUGUGCCCUAAGCUGCAGGUAUGAUGCUCAAUAACUCAUAAUGCAAAUACAGUAAGAGGAUCUGGACGGCUGAGUAGAUCCAUAAAAAUAGAACAAUCCCUGCAGGAAGCGCGGCGUCCUGCUCACAUCUCUGCCACUGGAGUCCGUCGACAAGGUCCUUGAGAGCUUACACAGAAUGCAGAAGCUUUCCGCUCCCGUUCUGUGCAUGGCCGUGGUCGUGUUGUACGUGGCUGCCUCUCCUCCGCCGAGUGAAGACGAGCUGAAAAAGCUGUCUGCAGCCGGGGAGCCGUUCGUGGAGGAGGAGGUGAAGCAGACUUUCCUCGGAGUGAAGCAGGUGAAGGUGAUGAUGGAGAAGAAGGAGGAGAAGCACAAGCGCCUGAUGGAGGCCCUGAAACACGGCAGCGACAAAAAGAUGGGGGUGAUGCAACUGGCCAAAGAGAUGGAGCACAAACUGGAGGAGGCUGAGCAGCAGUGUCGGGAUUCCACCAAAUCGUCGCUGGAGGAGUGCAAACCUUGUCUUGAAGACGCGUGUAAAGCCUUCUACACUUCCGCCUGUCGCCGUGGUUUCGCCUCCUUCUCGUUUAAGGUAGAGGAGUUUUUUAGGAAGAUGGUGGCCCAAACAGAAGCUGCUUAUGAUCCGGACAGGACAGCUGAAAACCAGGUCACAGAAGACAACCUGGAGGUUCUCCAGGCUGAAGCGUCGUUCUCCCAGCUGCUGUCCAACAUCAGCAUCCUGUACAACCACAGCGUCACGGCAGUGAAGAAGAUGCAGGAGGUGUUUGGUCACUCCUUCAGCUCAGAGCUCCAAAUAAGCUCAGUGGCGCCGGAUGGAGCAAACAAUGGGUUCUUCAAAGCGUUUAGCUUAGAUCACCUCCUUGUUUCGGGGUAUGAAUAUGGAAAGGAGGCGCUGGAAGAAUUCAGCUCCUCCCUGGUUGACAUGAUGAUGGGAGACAUCCAAGAACCGGAUGGGUUUUUGCGUCCUUCAAGCAGAGACGCAGGCUCGCUUUCUACUUUUGAACAGCCUAGUGGAUCUCUGUGCAGGCGGCUCCGCAGACAAGCGUCCGAGUGCUGGAAGCUCCAAGACUUGUGUGAGGCCUGCAAAGAGAAUAUAAUAAGAGAGUGUCCGCACGUCCAGCAGCUGCAGCGUGAAAUGGAGGAGAUGCAAACCCUGUUGAACGCCUCCAGACUGCAGUACAACGACAGACUGAAGUUGGUCCAGAGACACACGGCGGACACUCAGCGGUGGCUCACCAGCAUGCAGGACAAAUACGACUGGGUCACCCAGCUGUUUAACACCACCGUGGACUCAAGUAGCAUCUUCAACGUGAUAACAGUGAGCCAAGAGCAGAAGGUGAAGAAUAGCAAACUCGCUGCAGACAGCAGUGUGACCGUGUCCAUCCUGGGCUCAGCGCCAGUAAAGGUUCUGGUUCCAGCAGAACUAAAGGUGGAUGACCCGGCCUUCAUCCAGUAUGUUGUCCAGGAAGCUCUGAAACUCCAGAAACAGCAGAUAAGAGGAUCGAAGUGAUGAAACCGUGUUUUCAUGCAGUUUUAUUGGAGGCUGAAAACAUGCAGUCCAAUGUUUUUUUCACUAUUAUAAGCUUUUCUAAAAAUGCACAAAGUAGACCUCUUACUUUAAUCCCACUGCAGUUUGUGUUCUUCUUGGUCAUUCGUUGUAAAUGUCUAUUUUUAGAGUUUGUUUACGCAGUAAACAAAUGCAAUAAAAACGCUUAUACCAGAACUGAUUUCUCUUUUUACUAGGGUUUUCAAUAAAAAAAAAAAAUCUAAAGUUGAGUUUAGCUUUUUGGAGCCAGAGGGUACUUCCUGUUUGGAAGUCACUGGGCCUGUGGAUCAUGAUAACAUCUCCUCACAAGCAUUCUCCCAAAAACUACAUAAGAAUGUCCUUUAUUACUCUCAAUAUUGCUUUUGGGUAAGGCUUUUGACCUGUCUACAUGUCUUUGUAUUGUGCUCCAAAUUGCCUCCAUUUGAGCCCUCCAACCAGUCAGGUCCCUCCUCCUCUCUGUCUGUGAAUCUCAGGUUGACUAGGAAGGUGCCAGAUCCUUUGGGAUCCCAGUCCUAAUAUAAAGUCAAUGGUUAUCACCAAUCCAAAAUUGGAAACGAAAGAAUAUACACAGUCAAGAUUAUUUUGGACUUACGUUUUACAUUUUUAGCCUGCAUCCGGUGGAGUAGUCUAUUGAAGAACAGCAACGGGAAGUGGUAUGUUUUUUUUUCUAAUUUUUCUCUUUUACAAAUGCCUAAAUUGUAUUAAUUUUGUCUUCACAUGUAUAUAUACAUACAUUGCCAUGCAUUGCAAUGUCUAACUUGUCAAUAAAAAGGAAAAAGAGAGAAAGAAAAAAAAAUCACUACCUGUUUUUUUUUUUUUAAUUUUAUUAUUUUUUUUAAUAUAUAUAUAUAAGGGGGGUUGUCACAUGGAAGAUUUGGGUUCUGUCAAAACUGACUAGAAAUUAUUUAGAUGCCAACAGAGAUAAAAAGAAGUCUUGUUGGUGGAUUUUAACCAAUCAGAACGGAUUUCUCUUGACACGCCCCCAUAGAUAUGCCCGCUGCUCC